CGCUGGCAUUCUUGGAACAGGAGACUGUGGUUUCUCUCUUACUUCAUGCUGCCUUUGCCACCUUGUCAUGACUCCGUGGAAUCCAUGCAGGUGUUCAAACAGCACUGCCAAAUAGCAGAAGAAUACCAUGAGGUUAAGAAGGAAAUCGCGCUGCUGGAGGAAAGGAAAAAGGAGCUCAUCGCCAAGCUGGAUCAAGCGGAAAAGGAAAAAGUAGAUGCAGCUCAGCUGGCUCGGGAAUUCGAGGCCCUGACGGAAGAGAAUCAGACGCUGAAGUUGGCUCAGUCGCAAUGCGUGGAACAACUUGAGAAGCUUAGAAUACAGUACCAGAAGAGACAGGGCUCCUCCUAACUUUAACAAUUCGAUGUGAGCUUAAGAGUUUGGUGAAAGCGAUGGGCUUGCCAGAAGAGUUUUAUGUCCAAGGGAUAGUAAGAUCGAUUCUUUCUCUGCAUCACUCACUUGGUGAACCUUUCUCAUAAAUUCAAUGCUUACCAGAUCUAGUUUGAAGGAAAAGAUGUCUUAUUUUAAGUGAGGUAAAGUUUUACAACCAUUUAUGUUUUCCGACAUCACAAUUACUUACCAAUAAUUUUUUUAUGUUGAGGGGAUAAGAUCAUUUUGUAUAUCCGGGGAGAAAACCCUAAAGGUAAGUCUAUUGUCUGCUUCCACUAACGAUCAGGAGUUGGACAUCUUAAAGCCAAUAGGGUGCUCACAGCCAAGCCAUAUCUGCAUCGUUUUGACUCUCAUGUCUUUUCUAUUUCAACUGUCCCUAUAUCUGAACCAUCAGAAACUUCUCCUCAUGUAUUUAUGUUCACCAGAGUUAGAGUUAAUCCCUCAGUGAUUGAUUGUACUAAGAAUAAAUGGCCGCAUGUCAUAAAAGCUUUCUCAUGAAAAUAUUAGCUGAAAGCAUGUUUACGCCAAAUGCACACUGCCAGUGCUGACUAGUUGUUGUAAUGAAAAGCAAAGAAGACUGCAUUUCUUCAUGCCACCUUCCUGCCUUUGCUUGUGUGUGUUCUGGGGGCCUGGGAGAAAUGGGAAAGUAUUGCUUGGGAAUGACUUUGGUGAAUUCUCAUGAAGAGAUCCAGAAAGACCAUCAUGAUGAUGUUAUUUGAGGUUUGAUUUAAGGGGUUGUUUUGAUCAGUAAUAACCAGUUCCAGCUUAAAAUAACUUAAAAUAACUUUCUUUAUUCUGCCUAUCACCACAUUUUUCCCAAAUUGAUCUCUUUGUUUUAUGUCCAUUUCUAUUCAUGUAACUUCUUUUUCAUUAAACAUGGAUCAAAACUGUCA